AUCAGCUCCUCCAUAAAUCCGAAACAUGAUGAUACGCCACUCGAUCGUUGGGCAAAUCUGCGCUUGAACAGCGAUCACAGUUAAGUUUGCGCCAUCGCCAAAAGCAUCUCAGCCUCUCUCCCUUUUCCUGCUUUCCCGUGGUCGCAAAGCAUUUUGUCCCCCCAUACGUCCUGAUAUCUGCAAUGAGUCAAAAUAGCGAUGAGGAACAUGAGCACGCAGUCAUUCUGCUGUAUAACAGUGGCCAUGUCAUCGGUGUGAUAUUACAAACCUUCGUAUACGGUAUAUAUGCUGUUUUGAUUCCUGUUUCUUCAUAUAUCAUGCUCCGCAGAGGACUAGCAACAAGAGCGCGAAAGAUACUGUUCGGAAUGACGAUUUUCAUGUUUCUACUUUCGACAGCGAACUGGAUUGCCUCGAUAUCAACGUUGAUUCAACUUCUUCAAGCCUGGUUCCUCGCUCCAGAUCCUGAUUCACGAAGCGUUCCAACUUAUUUGCCCUUUUUCAGCGCGUUGAUCUUGGUGAACUAUAUCCUUACCGACGGAGUCGUCGUCUGGCGAGCAUGGGUACUAUGUUCAGUCGACGGAACCAAGAGUUUGAUGAUGUGUUUUUUCAUGCUCGGCCUAGCUACAGUUUCCGUCUGUACAACGAUUGUCAUCCGAAUCAUUCUCUUGAUCGACAGGAGGCGGUCCCCGGAACUGAACAGUCGACUGACCCAGGGCAUCGACGUUACGCAGGUGGCAACUCUGGUUCUAUCCCUCGCAACAAAUUCCCUAGCCACCUUCUUAAUAUCUUUGAAGGCUUGGAGAAACCGAACUGAAAUACAAGAUAAAUUGGACUCCACUGUUGACAGGCGUUCCAAAGCCGGAAAAAUUUUUGCUCUCCUCAUCGAGACGGGCAUCAUUUAUUCCAUAUCUUGCCUCACGGUGUUGAUGUCUACACUUAUACCAUUGAAAGAAGGUACAUUGGGUGACUUAUAUACCCCUGUAAACACUCAGCUCGCGGGAAUUUACCCAAUCGUCGUUCUCGUUCUGGUAACACAAAAUCACACUCUUGAUAGAACUGUCCGAGCGUUCGCUUCCGGGAUAGAGCAGACUCAUGAUCACUAUAGUGGGCAGUUGGAAACAAUCCGCUUCCAGCGUCAGUCAUCCACUACAGAUACUAUGUUGCUGUCAGGAAACCAGUCCAGUGAGGGAACUUAUUGGAAUAGUCAAAAACAGGGAGAUCAGAACGGACUUCCACCGAUCCCAUCAUCGAAUAUUACAUGGGGUGAAAUCAGCUUGAGGGAAAAUGCGUGAAGGCGACGGGAUCCUGAUCAGGAGGCAUGAUAUCGCUAGCAUUGAACCCUUUUGGACGGAUUCAACUUUGCGAUCCAGUAUAGCUUUAUU